AAAAUACAUGCUCUACGCGCUCUAUUAGUACGCCUCGAAAGAAUGUGGGAAGAUUUUUCGAUCCGUUUGAAUGUAAACCUGCCCUCGUCGUGAAAGCCGAUAAGGACGCAAACAGUUAACGUAAGUAGACUAUAUAAAGGGGUGAUGGUCAAAGCUUGCAUUGCUUAAUGGGACCCUAGUUGUAAUAUUGUUGACACAACAUGAAGAGCUCCUCAUUUGCCGCCGUAGUUGUUGCGCUGGCCUGUGUCGCAUCGGCUCAGUUACAGGACGGACGGGAUAAUCAACCGUACGAGGACUUCUUUUAUCCCGACCCGCAUUCAGAUGUGCCCAAGAAAGUGCCAGAAGGGAGAGGACUCAUUUUUAGAAGGACAUCUUCGCGAUUCGAAAAACUGGAACAAACAGCAGAAGAUUUAGGCAGUAGCUUGAGAGAAACUUCAAUGCACCUGACUGAGACUACACGUCGCUUAGAGUCUUCAUUGAAAACGUUGGCCGAAACAAAAACUGAAGUCGUGGAUUUAAAACAAGAAUUAAAAAAUGCAACAGAACAAUUGGCAGAUGUAAGACUAGAUUUCGUCGCCACAAGAUCGGAUUAUACUCAACAAUUGGACGAUUAUGAGUCAAUUAAACAAGAUUUGACGAGCACAAAGGAUGAUUUCGUCAAACAAUUUGAAGACAUGGGUGUACUCAAGCAACAAUUUUUGGACGCCAAAAAACAAUUCGAAGAUUUGACGAUAACCCAACAGGAUUUGGUGGCAUCCAUGAAGGCGGAUCACGCAAAACAAAUGGACGAAUGGGAAGCCAUGAAACAAGAACUGGUGGUCGCUAAAUCAGAUUACGUAAAACAGGUGGAAGAUUUAGCCAUAGUACGACAAGACUUGGCCAACACAAAGUUGGAGUAUGCAAAACGACUUGAAGAUGUGGCUCUGAUUCGACAAGAUUUGGCGAACGCCAAAGAAGAAUUUUCAAAGCAAAAUGAAGACAUGGCAGACAUUAGGGGGCAUUUGCUAAAUGCCAAAUCGGAUUACGCGAAACAAUUGGAUGAUGUGUCCCUCGUUAAACAAGAUUUAAUGAACGCCACGAAGGAGCUGGACGUGAUUCAUCAAGAACUAGUGAGCGUCAAAGAGGAUUACGUAAAGCAAUCAAAAGAUACUGCAGUUGAAAAAGAAGAGCUGAUGAACGUCAAAGAUCAAUAUGCAAAACAAUUGGAGGGUGUCUUCGUACUCAAACAAGCUUUAGUCAACACUACAGCAGAUUAUAAGAAACACCUUGACGAUAUGACGGUCAUUUUCCAUCAAAAUUUGAUUUACGCUACUAAACAAUUAGAAGAAACCCAACAAGAUCUAAUGGUUGCCAAAACAGACUACUCGAAACAUUUAGAAGAUAUUUCAGCCAUUAAAUACGAGCUAAUGAACAAUACCAAACAGUCCCAUGCUAUUCAGCAAGAGUUGAUGACUAUCAAGACUGAUUAUGCCAAACAAGUGGAAGGUGUCAUCCAAAGUAAACAAGAUUUGGUGAGCACCAGCUCAUAUUACGCAAAACGAUUAGAUGAAACUCAACAUGGACUAAUGUCUGCCAAGACGGAUUAUGUAAAAGAACAACAAGAAAUUUCAGCUGCAAGACAAGACAUGAUCAACGCUACUAAAGAAUUAGACGCCACACUGCAAGCUCUUAAAACCGUCAAGGCAGAUUACGCAAAAUAUUUGAACGACAUCAAGAUAAUCCAAAAGGACAUCGUUAGCGCUAAAGCGGAUUACACCAAACAAGUAAACGAUACCGCAACAUUAAAAAAAGAGUUUAUGAGCAUCACCAAGAAAUUGGAAGCAAGUCAUCACGAUUUAAUGAGCGCCAAGGUGGAUUACACAAACCAAUCGCAAGAUUUUGCGGCGAUCAAGCAAGAUCUAAUGCUUGCAAAAGAAGCUUACGUAAAACAAUACGAAGAUUUGGCAGCAGUUAAUCAAGAGCUAGUGAACGCUACUGAACAACUGCAUGCAAUUCAGCAAGGGCUGACAGAGGCUAAGGUGGAAUAUGCAAAGCAAUUGGAUGACGUUGCGGUAAUAAAGCAUGAACUGCUGAACGUCAAAGCAGAUUUCGUAAAACAAAUGGAAGAUUUGGAAGCAGCCCAGCAAGAGUUAGUGGAGGCCAUAAAGGCAGACUAUACAAGACAAUUGGACGACUUGGCAGCAACUCAGCAAGAUUUGGUGAGCGCAAUGAGAGCGGAUUAUACAAAGCAAUUUGAUGAUUGGUCAGUUAUUAAACAAGACUCUAUAACAGCCAUGAAGGUUGAUUACAUAAAACAGUUUCACGAUUUGACUGUAAUAAAACAAGAUUUCGUGAACGCCACAAAGAAAUUGGAUGAUAUUGCGGCAAUGAAGCAAGAUUUCGCGAGAACCAAGGCGGAUUUUACGAAGAAAUUGGCUGAUCUGGCAGUGACACAGCAAGGCUACUGUAAAAUAGUAUGUAACAACAACACGAAAUGAAGAGCCCACACAAGAUAAAACCGCAACGACCAGGUGUGAUAAAAAAA